AUGUUCCCUACAGUUUCUUCACUGUCCCCAAAGAUCCUUCAGAAAUCAAAAGGCGAUAGACAAAAGCUUGUCUGGAAAUCAGAUCCUACUGCACGCUACAUCAAGGCUGUCACUUCAGAAGUGUCUCAAGAGGGCGCAAUAUCAGAACUAAUCGUUGGGGCCGCCGUGUAUAACAUCUAUGGGGCAUCUCUCACAGACUCGGAACGAUAUCCACGGCCAAAAUCGUCCAACGAAGUUCCGUUAGGUGCUAACGAGCCGCUCUGUCUUCACUACUUUCAGACGCUGACCGAGGCUCGGCUGCAGUCGACCAAUGGCGAGCCUCAUGCAUACCUUGCGAAUCUUGUGGUUGAACCCAGCUUUCAAGGGCGUGGAAUUGGUACCAAACUAAUUGAAUUCAUGACAGCCGAUAUUACGGCUGAACUCAUGCAUAAUAAUCACAAGCAACAGAAUGCUGCUGUUGUAUGCUGGCUUGACGCUUCACCUUCGGGACUCACUUUAUACCGGCGUCUUGGAUGGGAAGAAGUGGGCGAGAAGCAAUUUCACCUCGAGCAAUGGGGUGGUAUAGAGGGACAAUGCCAGAAAAACCGUCCACAUGGUCAGACGGAUCUCUAUCAGUGGCUAAGGACGACCUUAGCAGCGGGAAUUGUAAGGCUUUUGAAAAACAACUUGUUCUGCAGCUAG